GAUUGAUAGACGGUGACCUCCUCUUACUCGCCCAGUAGUGACCAGCAGCCCGUCGAACCAGUAGAUGUGGGCAGUACAGACGCGCCUUUCUCCAUGUCGUUGGCCAGAUCUCUCUGCACAUGAGCAUUCUCUGCACAGCUGCCUGUUGAUUCUCCCCUUUUGCCAGUCAGUUCACGUCUCUACCCCUCGUGUUGUUGUCAGCCCUCCCUCACAGUUGCUCCUCUCACCUUAUCACAAGACCGCAUCGUAAUUCCCUCAUCUGCUGCUCACUUCGUAUCGGACCUCAGGUACUUCAGUGCGAUUGCAAGCCUCUCUGCGACUAUCUUGCCCCUCCUUCCGAUAUCUUGCUCACCCCGCGAGUGCCGCCCACAAUGGCGGCUACGUCCUACUCCACGGACCCGACACUCUACCUCUAUACCUCUCUAACAGCAGGCUCGUCUCACAUCAUUACCGCGACCUCAAGGCUAGAGACCAUCCUCAAAGCCAACAAGAUCCCGUUUCGGGCACUGGACUGUGCAACAGACGAGAAAGCGCGCAUGCUGUGGGGCAGAAGAUCUAAGGGAAGAAAGUUGCCGGGUCUGGUCAAAUAUGGAGAGAUUAUUGGUGAUCUCGAGCAAAUCGAAGAGUGGAAUGAGUACGGGGAGCUCAAAGAGCAAAUUUCUGCCACUCAAGAUUUUGGCAGCCUGACCGCCUCCACAAACCUGGCUCCGCAAGUUCCGCAAGUUCCAGCAACGAGCACUUCUUCGACUCCAUCAAGAUCAGGCCCGCCCUCUCGCGCUUCGUCCGAGACUCGCCACAUAUCUAUUGCGGAACCGCCAGAGAAAGAGAAGGAAAAGGCUACCGCGGCUGGAGAGGCAAAGCCAGCUUCGUCACAGAAAUCGGCUGAAAAUCCCAUGAAUGUGGCCAUUCGACAGUUAGGGGCGGAAGCCGCAGCCAAAGCAACACAAAAAAAGGCCGCUACUGCACAGCCUCCCAAAGCUGCAGCAAUCCCGGUCAAGGGACAGAGCACGACAGACCAAGUGCCCACGGCCGCAGCAGACAGAGUGGGCACAGAGGCAGCGGUGGAGUCGCCCGACACGGCGGCCGAAGUCACAGCAGCUAAAACGCCAGCUCAACUCGCCUCGGAAGGUGCAGCCAGAACAUCCGUCGACAAAAUCGCGGAGUCGGAAGACAAACUAGCUGCAGGUGCCGCCGAGGAUCCAUCGCCCUCGAAGGAAGAACAAAUUCUGGAGAUGCGGCGAACAAGCAGCGUUACAAAAUCCAAGUCGAGGUUAAGUGACGUUACACCCAUAGAAGAGAGCGACAAGGUUGUAGCAGAGCCGGAAGAGACGUCGACUGCGUCUCAAUCUUCAAUUGCUGUGCCAGAGAAGGAAGUCAGUUCCAGUUCUUCUACGAGUUUACCUUCGCAGGCAGCGCCACCUAGGCAGCACCGUGGAAGCGACAUUGGAGAAGCAACACCCGAAGAGAUUCGAGCGCUGGAGAAGGAGUUGAGUAUUCCGGAAGAGAAUGAUGAUGAAGAUGAUGAUGACGAUGGGGAGGAUGCGGUUGAGAUAGCGCAAAGCAAAGCAACCGAGGUGACGAGUACCGACAAGGCUGAGAACGAGGCUACAAAGGGCACGGAGCCACAGAAGACCGAGCCCAAAGACGCGGACAAGGCUGGUGUCAGCGUGGGCGACUAACUCACAAUCCGACAUGGGCUCUUUGCUGCAAGGCUGGGGCUGAUCGCAGCGGCUGCCAUGACUGGCGGUUGAUGUCGGAGCCCCUGAUCCAAGCGGACAGGACAUGGGUUUGGUUUGUUUACCGUGGCAAGUGGUACAAGGCAAAGGAGCGCAGCGCAGCAGGGAAGGGCAGAGCACAGCACAGCACAGCACCCCGAGAUUGAUGUCUGACGAUUGCUUUUGAUUUCGAUCUCGACGCUGCAGGCAUGUAGAUGCAAAUCCAAUCACUGAUGAAUUUUUGCGCCUUGGAUUUCCUCAACGCCCUGGACUCCCCUCCUUUGCGUCCUGCUUAUGUACCUGUUACCUCUGUUUC